ACGCCAACACCGUGAACGGACAUAGGGCACCGCGCUAACUGAUGGCUAUUUGACAGGUUGAAUGAUCCCAGCCCCAGGUUGUUGUUGCGGAGAAGUGCUCGUUUUAUCUGCGUUUUGAUCGGAUAUAAGCAACUAAAAUGGGUGUGACGAAAGAUGAAGAAGAAAACGUCCCUCCUGAAGGAUCCGAGUUCAUUGUGCCUGAAAAUGUUGAACCCAAGCCUCCUAGGUCGCCACGGAAACCAAAGCAUAGACUGAGUCGUCACUGCUGUCCAACUCUCUCUCCCAAAUCGGCUGGUCACAAGACAGGUGGCCACAAACGCACCCGGCGAUAUGAAAACACUUGUUUCCUACUGAGCCUGGUCGAUGAAACUGACUUUGGGGAGGUGUCAAUAAACGACUUUGUGGAGUCCAGCCAGUCAGUCUUUGAGCAGUUGCUUUCUGACCGGGAUAGUCUGGAGAUAUGGAACGACUUCAUGAAUCGUCCAGAGGAGGAACAGGAGGUCUUCCUGCGGGAGGUGGCCACCAAAGAGACACCGAGGAAGGAGACAGGAAAAAAACAGGAGGCGGGAGCCUCAGAGGAUGCUGCCGACAAGAACAUUGACAACAAGAGUGAUGACAAGCGAACAGUGCACCCAGCACACACUCCAGAGGAGAGUUUCCAAAGGAUCAGCCGCCGAUUGCGCACUGUGCUACGCAGGAAACACCUUCCGAGGGGUAUGUUGCAGAAUCAUGAAGAGGACCUGGUGCCCUGGUUCACCGAUGACCCGGGGGCGGUCUUCAUCUCCCACAUCACCUGCAGUUUUGAUCGGCUGCUCCUGCAUGCUGUGUGUCAAUACCUGGAUUUACAGUCCACCAGUUAUGACUGUGAUGGCCGUCGACAGACCAAAGUCGAGAACAGCCAGGAUUACUUUAGUCCUCCGCCGUUACUUCUGUCGCAGUAUCUGGACACUCUCCACAGCUAGCAGGGAAAAAAGAAACAAUCAGGGUCCUGUACAAUUCAGGAUUUACUAAGGGUUAAGGGAAAUAAACAUUUAAAUUGUGCUCACCAGAAGAUGUUCUAGUCGCUGACUUAUCGACCCGACUGGGCCUUCAUCAGAGGCUGAUAAUUCAGCCAUUAGUACGUCUUCUGGUGAGUAUUUCCCUUAGUCUCGUUACCAGUGCCACACAUUCUUAUUUGCUUCUUGUAUUGAAUGAGGUUGCUCUGUAGUCUGUGUGUUACAUGUUUACACCAGUGUUUCUGUAAUGUCUCCGUUGUGGUGGUAAAAACUGUGUGAAGAUGUGGGAAGAUGCACCAAUACAUGUAGUGAGUUCUUCGAAUGUAAUGUUUAGAUUCUGGAAAGUAGUUGGUUAGUAGUAGGAGAAAAGUUCCACAAACUUCAAAUGUGAAGACUGUAAUAUCCUUAAUCCCUUAUCUUUAAUCUUUGAUUUCCACCGACUCCCAUUUGAGAAUCCUUGAAUUUGUGAAUUGCUAAUCCCUUGAAUCUAGGAAAGUCCUCAAACUUCCAUUUGAAAAUCAUUUACUUUCCUGAGCCCCUCACUCAUAAAAUCUAAGAAAGUUCUCAGACUUCCAUGAGAGGGUCAUAUGUUGGCCUGAGUUUCAAAUGUUUGAAAACAGUAUAAAGUGUAAUAUUAAAUUCUUACCUUUUCAAUAAGUAUCCAGGCUUCAAUUCGGGAAUAAAGUCCAUGUUGUAAAUAUCCUGAAAAACGUUUGACUAAUAAAUCCUACCAAAGCUAUCCAAUUUGGACUUUGAAAUGAAAUGCAAGAGUUGCAAAUGAUAACUGUCUGACAUACAUGUGAUGUGACCAGCAUUAGAAGUGCGUGUACAUGUGGUGGUGCCUAUGUUGGUAAUAAGUAUUCUAAUUGAUUAUAGUUAUAAAGUUAUAGUUAUAACAAAUUUUUAUUUUGUGUUUGGGGAUAAACAUUUGUCCUUGAAAAGUAUUGUCUUUGCCAGGUUUCGUUUAAUUACAAACCAAUUAACAAGUUAACUCAAGCUAGGUUACUUGAUCACACACAUUUGAAGUAGCUAGGUAUGAAUUAUGAGAGAGGAAUGCCUUUGUUAAUGUUCAUUUUACUAGCAUGUAGCUUGGCUAGGAACUGAAUGACUUGAGAUUGGCUUGUGAUGGAAUGUGUUAGAACUUUGAGUCACCCUAUACAUACAUGCACCUGCAACUUACUGUGUGUUACGAACAUGUAUUAAUGUAUUUGUAUCACUGUUACCUGUAGAUGAUUGUCUCUGAUCAGCUUGUCGGUGUGUUCCUUGUUGGCUGAUACUCCUUGGGAGAGGAAGUAGAAAUUCUUUAAGUGUUGCAAAUUAAUGUUUGCCAUCGUCGCACUGGCCAAUCCAAGUAGCCUUUAUGUGUCCUGAUUGGUCAGUGGUCAGAACUACCUCAGUAGGUACACAAGGACGUAUUGCUCCAUUCCUUAAUUACACCUGAAUUAUCGAAUUUAUACACGAUGAACUUUGAUGUCUUUGAUGAACUUUGAUUUUACCUCUCUGGCACAUUAGAAAACUGAAUCACAUGAUUAAUGGAUUUGUGCUUUUUAAUUUUGUAAUACUAACGUAAUAAUGUUUUAGACUGUAACAAAAUGACUAUACUGAUUGAAAUAUAUGAAGUACAGCCACAAGGUUGAUACCCAGCUUUGCAAAAAUAGGAGUUGAUGAAGUGAUAAUAAAUUCCACAAAUGAUAAAAAGAA